AUCAAUUAUCUCGAACUCAUAUGCUUAUUAGUAUCCUAAAGAAUACGAAGUCUUUUUUACUUUAGUUGAAUAAAAACCCGGAGUUUCCUUUUACGAUAUGGUUUGUGAAUUUCUGAAUAUAAAUACAAAAAGGUUUGAUUAACAACCAAAAUAACCCAUUAAAUUAAUGUAAUUUGAUUCAUCCGUGAUUAAAGUCGCCUCUGUCGUCUCAGCCAUUCUCUCCCUAAUUCAACACAAAACAUCAAGAGCCUUCCAGGAUCCUAACAAAAGUUUGUAACUUAAAGAAUGGGCUGCUGCUGCUGCUGUUUCCCUAUCCUACCUGAAAAUUUAAGAGGUAUAGAUGAGCAUGUUCCUUUAUCUCGUACCUCUCCUUCCUCUGUGGUACCUACUGGAGCAGUAGAUAGAAACUUGGCCUCUAAUCUAUACACUGCGCCGCUUCAACCUCCUCUUCCUGUAUCAUUCUCGCCCAGAGAUCAAUCAAAAUUGCCGACAACUCAGAGCAAUUCCAGCCAAGAAGCUAAACACAUUCUUCCAGAGAAGCAAACAUGGCAUGUUGGUGAUCAAAGUGAUAUUAAUCUAAAGAAAAAGGAUCGAGAAACCAUAGACGAAUGUCCAAUUUGCUUAGAAGAAUAUGAAACAGAGAACCCGAGACUGCUUACGAAAUGUCGCCACGAUUUUCAUCUCGCGUGCAUUCUUGAAUGGAUGGAAAGAAGUGAAGCUUGUCCUGUUUGUAACAAGGAAUUGGUACUCCCUGAGUCAUAAUUAAGACACAAGAAACAUAGAAACUGGAACAUGAAGUGUGAAGAAAGGUACAUAAGAUUUGAUUUAGACUUAGCAUUAGGUGAUAGUGUUGUGGAACAUGAUGAACAUUAUUGCUUUGAAUUCUCCUUUUGGUUGUUCUUUUCUUUACCAAUCUUUUGAUUAAUUUACAUCAGACACAGGAAGACAUUAGGAUGC